AGUUCAAAAUGGCGGUACAUGUUUUGAAAUAUUCAGUUCACAAGUCUUCUAGUUUCUCUGCUAGUUAUGUACCUGACAACAUAACAGUCAACAAACCAACAGACCAGUCUUCCAGGUGGUCAUCUGAUUCGAACAACCCCCCACAGUAUUUAACCUUGAAAUUAGAGAGCCCUACUAUAUGCCAUAGUAUAACAUUUGGCAAGUAUGAAAAGACACAUGUGUGCAACCUCAAAAAGUUCAAGAUAUAUGGAGGUCUGAAUGAUGAAAAUAUGAUAGAAAUUUUAGACAGCGGUUUAAAGAAUGACCAUACAGCUGAAACAUUCUACCUCAAACACCAGAUAGACAAUAAUGACUUUCCAUGCAAAUACAUCAAAAUAGUGCCUAUACAGUCGUGGGGUCCUAGCUUUAACUUCAGUAUUUGGUAUGUGGAACUGAGUGGUGUAGAUAGUACUCAAGCUGUGGCUCCAUGUAUGAACUGGUACAAUACUUACAGGGAAAGAGAAGCAAUAAGACUGUGUCUCAAACACUUCAGGCAGCAUCACUAUAUAGAGGCUUAUGAAGCACUAAAGAAGAAAACCAAAGUGUCUCUUGAACAUGAGGUCUUAACUGAUCUGCAUACAGAACUUGUACUCAAUUCAGAUUUUGAUGCUUGUGAACAACUAAUAGAGAAGGCUUGUGAUGAUGGCUUGUUUGAUCACUAUAUCAGCCAGCAAGACUACAAACCUAAAUGGAGUUCUGUAGAACCAGUAACUAAAAGAGAGAACCAGAACGACUUUAGGCCGGGUAUGAGGGGAGGACAUCAGAUGUGCAUAGAUACUCAAUCAGAUAUCAUAUACCUGUAUGGUGGUUGGGAUGGUAACAAGGACUUGGCUGACCUAUGGGAAUACAGUAUUUCAACACAAACCUGGACUUGUCUCUGCAAAAAUACACAAGAGGAGGGUGGACCCAGUGCUAGAUCCUGUCAUAAGAUGGUUGUGGAUUAUGAACGUAAACAGAUUUUCACCCUUGGUCGAUACUUGGACAAUUCACUGCGAGCAGCUGAUAAUCUAAAGAGUGACUUCUAUAUGUAUGAUGUUGAGACUGCCAAGUGGACAUUAAUAACUAAUGACACUGGUGCUAUGGGAGGUCCUCAACUAAUAUUUGACCACCAGAUGGUUCUGGAUGUUGAAAAGCACACCAUUUUUGUGUUUGGUGGCCGUGUCCUCACAAGUAAUGCAGCUGAAGCAGAGAGAGGAUCUGACCCUACAUUUAGUGGUCUCUACUCCUAUCAUAUACCCACAAAUACCUGGACUAAACUGAAGGAUGACUGUCAGGAACUAAGGUCUCGAAUAGGACACUCAAUGCUCUUCCAUACUCGCUCACGUCAACUGUACAUCUUUGCUGGUCAGAGAUCUAAAGAUUACCUCAACGACUUCUUUACGUAUGAUGUUGACACUGGUGCAAUUAACAUCUUGUCCGAUGGUACUAAGAGAGAUGGAACAUGUGUGCCUGCUGCUGGCUUUACUCAGAGGGCUACCAUAGACCCAGACCUCAAUGAGAUUCAUGUCCUUUCAGGGUUAAGCAAAGACAAGGACAAAAGAGACAAUGUGAAAAAUUCAUUCUGGGUUUAUGAUAUAGCAAAGAACAAAUGGUCAUGUAUAUACAAGAAUGAGAACACAGGUCACCAGUAUUGGAACAAGAUGCAACAUAUAGAGCCAGUACCAAGAUUUGCUCAUCAGCUUGUUUAUGACUACAUUCACAAGGUACAUUAUCUCUUUGGUGGUAACCCUGGUAAAGACAGUCUUCCCAAGAUGAGACUUGAUGACUUUUGGGCAUUGCAGUUAAGUCGACCCUCUACCUAUCAUUUAUUACGACGCUGCAAGUAUCUCAUUAGACGUCACCGUUACCAAGAAAUGGCCAUGACACAACCCAUACAAGCUUUAGAAUACUUGCAGACAUCACUAACAGAUGUGGUGGAUCAUGAUGAUCCAAAUGAAAUCAAGGAAUUCCAACUGCUUACAUCAACAUUAUUCAAGAACGCAACUGAGGAACCUGUAUUAGAGACAGAUGUCAAUCUCAAUUACAAAAGCCGUUCAAAACUUUUCGAUAGCUUGGUUUCAUUUUUCCCAGAUCACAUGACCCAGCCCCAAGGAAACCUUAUAGACUUGAUCACCCUCGGCUGAGCACUUGGGAGAUGCCAACAACAAGGGGGUAUAGAUAUAUGAUAACAUGUGCAGAAAACAUCCUUAUAUCCCUUAAAUGGACAAGUGAACUCAUCCAUAUUGGAAACUUGGUGUAUACUGAAUUAAAGUAUAUCAAGUGGAUUCGAAAGACACCCAUGGAAAUAGUUUUACCUUGUUUCAAGUAUUUGAAGACUCAACCAUAUUCUACUCUGCUAUCCAGGCCACAGAGGUACAAUAGUUUACAUCUAACACCCCUGUUACUUCUACUAAUCAUGUUAUCUGUUAAUUGUUUAAAAGUAUUAUGAACAGACACAUUGGUUUUAGACCAAUAUAAAGAUGGCAAUAGUAUUUAUCAUCACUCCAAAGAAAGAGGAGGGAAAACCUUUGAGAUGAC